GGCUGUCAUACGUGAUCACACAAAAGUUGAGGUUAAGAUGUAAUCUGGUAAAUUUGGCCUGCAUUGAAUUUGAUUAAAUGGACUGAUUCCCGGUCUAUGUGCAGGAUAUGUACCUAGUUAGAAGAAAAUAUUUGAGAAAUUCUUUCGAUCGAAUUUCUAGUACGAAAAUUUAAUACACGAUUUGUACAGUUUAAACUAUCACGUACAGGCGAGAAAAUUAUAAUAUUUUUUAAAGUAUUAGAUUUUUAAAUGGCUGAAUCUAUCGAUAGUUCUAAAUUUUCUGAAAAUGAUACCGCUCAGAAUUCUACGACCGCCGAGACGAGCAGCAAACAAAAAAAGCCAUGUUGUAUUAUCGUUCUGGGAAUGGCUGGAUCUGGAAAAACAUUCUUUGUAAAUCGGCUCGCCUUGGUGUUAUAUAAAAUUAAGAAACCGUACAUUAUAAAUUUAGAUCCUGCGUGCAAGGAAGUCCCUUACCCAGCGAACAUAGACGUAAGAGAUACGGUGAAUUACAAGGAAGUGAUGAAACAGUACAGUUUAGGACCGAAUGGCGGUAUCGUUACCGCCUUAAAUUUGUUCUCCACGAAAUUUGAUCAAGUGAUAGAACUCAUCAAGAAAGCAAGCAAAGAGCACGAUUAUAUAAUUCUAGAUACACCCGGGCAAAUAGAAGUUUUUACAUGGUCGGCAAGUGGAACCAUUAUAACGGAAGCUUUAGCAUCCGAAUUCCCGACGAUUAUAGUGUAUGUAUUAGAUACUGUGAGAAGCAUUAGUCCUGUAACGUUCAUGUCCAACAUGCUUUACGCGUGUUCUAUUCUUUACAAAACUAAGUUACCAUUUAUCGUCGCUAUGAAUAAGAUUGAUAUCGUGGAACAUAGUUACGCGGUAGAUUGGAUGCAAGAUUUUGAAGCGUUUCAAGAAGCUUUGGAUUCGGAAACAAGCUAUAUCAGCAACCUAACGCGCAGCAUGGCUCUGACGCUGGACGAAUUUUAUAGACAUUUACGUAGUUGUGGUGUUUCUGCUGUUACGGGGGCUGGUAUUACAAAGUUUUUGGAACUUGUUGACGACGCCGUAGAGGAAUACGAAAGGGAUUAUAAAAAAGGUUGGGAGAGAACGAAAGUUAAACGAGAUGCUCAAAGACGGCAAACGGAAAUGGAACAACUUGAGAAAGCGGGGCAGAAUAUUGCAGGCGAGACCGUGCCAUUUGUAACAACAAUUGGUAGUGGAAGAGAAAUCGCGGACAUAUAUUUAAAGCACGCUGGCAACGAAUCGAGCGAGGACGAAGAGGGCACGGAAAAUUUAUUCAAAGUCGAAGACGAGGAGGAAAAUAAAGAGGCGGAGUCUUUUAUGAACUUUCUAAAUAGACAUAAAAUGGAACAGAAAAAGCGUACGUCCAAUCAGCCUGCUACCAGCAGUAGCAGUACGUAGGCUUCCUUUAGCGCCAACUGAACAGGAAAAAUGAUAAAAUUACAGAUCUGUAAGGGCAACC